UCGUCCUCUUGGGUCCUUCCAGCUAGUGCUAAUGUUUGUUCACUAGUUAGCAGACUAGCCGCUACGUACGCAGUCAGUUGUUGAUGGUUAGUGUCUGCUGAGAAUGAGCCCAAAAUAUGUCAGGGAUGACCUGACAACAGCAUCUGGCUUCUUCUACCUGUUCCUCCAUCAUAUCAGCUGUGUCUCCUCUACAUUAAGGGUCUGCCACAUCCUGGUACUUCAAAGACCUUAAAUACCCUGGGAUCUAACUGCAGCUGCUCCCACAGAGACCUUCUGCCAGCGCGCUUCAUCAAAAAGAGACGAUGUAUUGCUUACAGUGGCUACUCCCUGUGCUGCUCAUCCCCAAGCCGCUGAACCCAGCGCUGUGGUUCAACCACUCCAUGUUCAUGGGCUUCUACCUGCUCAGCUUCCUGCUGGAGAGGAAGCCCUGCACCAUCUGUGCCUUGGUCUUCCUGGCUGCCCUCUUCCUCAUUUGCUACAGCUGCUGGGGUAACUGCUUCCUCUACCACUGCCAGGAUGCCGCACUGCCGGACGCUGCCCACGACCCCGCGAUUGUUGGGACCUAGGAGAGACAAUAAGGGGGCGGGAGAGAGAUCGGAAAGGUGGAAUAGGGGGGGGUGACGAGGCAUUGCUGGAGAAUGAUACUGCCCUGCUGUAAGAAGGGAGAGGCUACACUCUGGAGGUGGGAGAGUGGCGUUGAAGGACUGCUGGAGGGAGGAAUAUUACAAACACAGAGCCAAAUCAGGAGGAGGAGGAGAGCCAGUUUUGAGGCAUUUCUGGGAGCUGUUUUGCCAUGCUGUAAAGAGAGACAGACUUUUAUUUGAGGUGGUAGGUGGAGAGGAGAAUGAAUCCAUGUCAGAGGAGACACUGUUUAAUCUUUGAUGUAACGGGAAGGGAAGGAGGGGCAUCCACACCUGGAACACCAAUGAAAGGACGUGUGUGAACUUGAUCCUGCAACUUUUCCUUCCAGCAUUUAAAUGAAAAUUAGACAACAAUCCACCACAUGCGACUUCAACCUAAAGUGACCACUAUGUUUUAGUAUUCUGGCUCCUUUCUAUAACCCUCUCUGGUUGUUUACUUCCAAAAUUGCUCAAGAGAAAUGCCAAUCUCAAAAAAUAAAAAUGCUGGGUCAUCUUUUUAGGAUUAAAAACUCUCCACCUCAAACUGCCAAAAUCCACACAACCCUAUUGAAAGCUCCAGCUGUUACAUGCUUCUCAGUCCCCUACCUUUGCAGUUGUUGACAAACUUUAUACACCAGGUAGUAUUAAAGAAAAGUUGAUGAGGAUAUGGCCCCAGGCUGCAGAGAGAAGAGCCUCUCACAGUCCAACCUGAACAAACUCUGUCGCCCCUUUGACUCCGCACAUGUAACGCAAUCCUCAACAAGGAGAGCACACAGACACUGGACAAUCAAUAACAAUGCUGUGAAUAAUUCCUCCUCUGCCGCAUCGCCACACAGACACACCUCUGAAGGUAUAAUAAUGCUGAGAAACUCCCGUUGUUACUCCCUGUGCUCUGCAGCGCCCCCUGUCCUCCUCCUCCUCGUCUCCUCUCUUUGAGUGAAUGUUUCCUACCGCCAGACUCACCAUCGGAACUUUUUCCUUUUUUGCUGUUUUUUUGUGCAUGGGUUGCCGUUAUAUUUUUGUCAAGCAUUGAGUUCACACACACAUUUUAAUUAAUUAAAAUGAAACGCUGAACGUAUCCAAAGGGUAGAAUAAUGUGGAUGUGUGGGGAGUGUGUAGAGUGUAUGAAAGAAAUUUUAUGUUAUGUGCGAUAGGUUUGUAUUUUUCUUUUUGUUGUGAUCAUGACAUGCUGAAAUUCGUAAAAAAAAAAGUGGCGAUAUACAAGGUAACAUAACAGGAGACAGUCAUCAAAAAGCAAUACAGAGUGCUGGUUGAGGAAACAGUAACACAUCUUUACUGACAAUUUUCUUGGUAAUCAAAAGGGCAAUGCUGUCCUGAAGUUUCCUUGUGUAUCACUGCUGUAAGUGUUAUGUUUAGCUGUCAGACACAGGCAAAGGUGUUUAUACUGUAUACUUAUUUUGUGUGUGUGUGGCCUCCUGUCGCAGUGCUGAACAUGCUCACUGCUACAUUAUUGCUUUGGUUUUAAUUUAAAUAAAGUUUUUCCUCUCAACAUGUUAAACUGUGUCAAACUCAGUGUCAUCAAGAAUGGAAAAAAAUGCAUUUUAGAAUAAUUUUUAUUUGUCUCUGACUUUUAAAUAAAUCGGGGGAUGUUUUUUUAAAUAUAAUUUAGAGUACAUCCUGCUUGCCUAAUUUGGUCAAACUAUAUUUGGAUCCUCCCCGACCAGAUACACUAUUCAUAACAUUACAACAUCUGAUUAAUUGAGAUUUAACAAUUCAACUUUUCCUUUUUCUGUAGAUGUUUAACAGAUUAUUUAUAGAAUAUAUGUGGAAAUUAUUAACAUACCUACUUCCCCAAAUACAGAAAAGCUGGGACGUUAUCUUAAAUGUAAAUAAAACAGAAUGCCAAUUUGUAAUAAAUGAUGAAAUUAUAAAACAAUGA